AUGACCUCGUCCCCGCGCCGCCCUUCUCGGAGGGCGCGUCGCCACGACUCCUCACCUUCUCUCUCACAGACACUCCUCACACUCACCGCUCUUGCGCCCUCUCUAUCACACGCGAUCGACCUCAAUCCUGUUCCCCAAUCGAAUAUCGAUUUCUCUCGCCUGGGUCGGAUAGGCGUUGCUGGAGAUUUCACCGGCAUCUCCCUCUACGAAUUCGAAGGCCAGAGCGAAAAUACUUUCUCGAAAAAUGGCAGCGAAUCCCUUCUCACACAACUACCUAAUAGCGCUUUCGCCUCUCUCGUCUCGACCGACGCGUCAAUCCGAACUAUGUGCUCAUUCACGAGGAGCAAUGGUGACUCUGCUGGUGUGAUAAUAGGUGGUAACUUCACCAGCCUCAACGGGCAGAAGUCUCAAGCCAUUGCACGGUAUAAUCCCGACACCGGCGAAGUAACUCCGUUAGAUGGCUUAGAAGGCCAGGUGAACGCCCUCCUUUGCGACCAGGAUACGGACAGGGUAUAUAUCGGAGGAAACUUUAAGGCGGAUGACUCCACGAAUGCCAUUGCCUGGAACGAAGACCAGGGCUGGAUUAGCCUUCCCUUUACCGGUUUCAACGGACCGGUCUCCUCAAUCACCAAGGCUUCCAACGGCCACAUCGUCUUUGGCGGAUCUUUCACCGGCAUAGGCAAUGCCACCACACCCUCUACCCCAGAUGAGCAGGUCAUCAACAUAUCCGAGGCCCGGGUCAGUGCAGGGCUCAGCACCACGUCGGCCGGCUUCAGCGAUCCCCGAAAUAUCAUCUGCAAGACGGGCGGUGCCGACGGUCCCGGAAACACUUGGCUUUUGGCCGACAAUUCACUGGGAUUUUGGCAGGCCGACUUUGACUUCGGAUUCCGCCCAACUAAGCUCAGGCUGUGGAACACUCGACAAGAUGGCCGCGGAACGAAGACUUGGCGCUUUACGGUCAUUCCCGACAACGGGAUUCUCAACUUCACUUACAUAGACCCUGCCACCGGCCAAAACUCGACCUGCACCAAUCAGUGUCCCUUGAGCAAUGACCCGGACGUCCCCUUCCAAGAUUUCCACUUCGUCAACUCGGUCGGAAUGAAUAGUUUCAGGAUCGAUAUCUCCGAAUUUUAUGGCUCUGGCGCUGGUUUUAACGGCAUCCAGCUAUUCGGCGACGAUAUCUAUUCCUAUGCAAUCAACAGGUUCAAUGAGCCUGCUUGCGCUGGCCUAGGCACGGCAUCCUCGGCUACCGCUACGGGUCCUUGGGAAGAGUCUCCUUCGGCACAGAGUAGCUCUAAGUACCUGACAGCGCGCCUCUCUGCACCCAUCACCGAGAACUCUGCAUCCAUUGUAUUUUUCCCCGAUAUCAAGGAAUCAGGAAACUACUCCGUCAAUAUGUACACCCCCGGCUGCAUUGGCGACGGCACGUGUCCCUCCAGGGGCCAGGUUAACAUCACCGGCAUUAUGUCAAGCAACAACCGAAUCUCAUUUUCCACCUCGCUCUACCAAACGAAUAAUUUCGACAAGUAUGACCAAAUCUAUUUCGGCUUCGUUGAUGCCACUUCGUCGUCCUUCCGACCCAGCGUGACCAUUACCCCUCUCGCUGGCCAGGACCUGGACGAGAUGGUGUUUGUAGCCCAGCGGGUUGGCUUUAGUUUGAUUAACUCGACCGGUGGUCUAAAUGGCCUCUUCGACUACGACCCUGCCUCUACCAGCGUUCAGCUUUCUGAUGUCCAGACUUCUGCCGUUAACAGACUCGGUUCCGGCUUCUCAGGCGGCUCCGUUGUUACCUCCCUUGUCACGUCGGGGGAUGUGCUCUACGUCGGAGGCGAUCUUUCAUCCCAGGAUGCAAAGAACGUCGUUUCAAUCAACACUGCCGACAACCGCGUUGCUACGCUCGAGGGCGGUCUCGACGGCAAGAUUAACUCAAUGCUCCUGGUGGAUAAGAAGCUGUAUGUCGGCGGACGGUUCUCUAAUGCGGCCAAGAAUGUUCGAGAUCUCGGCAACGCCGCCGCUUUCGACACCGAGAGCAACUCUUGGACUGCCCUCGGCGCCGGUGUUAACGGCGAAAUUCAGCAUGUCGUCGCUAUGCAACUUAAUUUCACAGCCAAUAAACCUGAAACCGUGGUCGCCUUCACGGGCGACUUUACUGAAUGUGUCGCGUUCAGCGCCAAUCCGGCCACCCAAGUUUCCGGGCUUGCCAUUUGGGUUCCAUCUCAGAACAAUUGGCUCCAGAACCUUGAUCAGUCUGUUCCCGCUUAUGGUGGAGCCCUCACGGCCUCAAUCCUCAAUCUUCCCGGAGGCGGCUCCCUAUAUGCAGGUUCCGUAUCAUCCUCCCAAGUCAGUGCAAGUGGCGCCGCUACUCUCACAGACGGCAAACUGAACCGGUUCCCCGUUAAAAUCGUCUCCGAGUCGGAUUCCACGGCUUCGUCGCCCAGGGUCAGACGCCGUGCACUUGUGCCGGAUGAAGGCGUGUCGGGUGUAACGACUGGUGCCUUUUACGAGUCGGGCGGCCGCAAUGUUACUGUUCUUGGUGGUCGAUUCUCUGCCACUGCCUCUGAUGGCUCGACCAUCAAGAAUCUUGUCCUCAUUGAUGGUGCAGAUAAUAACAAAAUCAGCGGCCUUGGCUCCGCCAUCAACGAUAACUCGACUUUCACCUGUGUAGCUAUCGGGGGCGAUGUCCUCUACGCUGGCGGAUCCGUAACUGGUACGGUUGAAAACGGAAAGGUUCAUGGCCUUGUCGCCUACAACCUGGCCGCAAGGUCGUUCCCUGCCCAGCCCCCUGCGGUAGGCGGUGACAACGCAACCGUGUCGUCCAUCGCAAUCCAACCGAAGACUGGAUUGGUGUUCGUCGGAGGCUCCUUUACUCAAGCUGGCUCCCUCCCCUGCUCCGGUGUCUGCGUUUUCAAUGCUGAACAAACUCAAUGGCAGCAGCCUGGUGUUAACCUUCAAGGGAUCGUCGACUCCUUAAUCUGGAUAAGCGACACCACUCUAGUAGCGAGUGGUUCUCUGACCGUCAACGACACAGUUAGCACAUCGCUUGCCAUAUACAACUCACAGACGCAGGCUUGGGAUCGUUAUCCCGGCGCGGAUACCCUUCCUGGCCCCGUUGAGGUGAUGACUAUGGGAUCUAGUGAUGGAUCACAGCUCUGGGUUAUGGGCCACGCCAAUGACAACUCCAUCUUCGUGAUUAAGUACGACGGGUCUAAGUGGUUUACAGCGCCCCAGGGUCUGCUCUCGGGCUCCGUCGUCAAGAGCAUGCAAGUCUUCUCCCUGACGGAACGCCACGACGCUACCGACAUCCUUCCAAACAGACAAUCCUUGGUAUUGACCGGAUCUCUGGUCCUGCAAGAUUUCGGGACCGCGUCUGCCGUUGUCUUUGACGGCCAGUCCUAUCGACCUUACGCUCUAACUACCAACUCCGGGAACGUUGCGGGAUCCAUCACAAAGAUAUUCUCGCAGAACCAGGACUUCUUCACCGCUGGAGGAGGUAACAUGCCCCUCGUUUUCGUCGUCUUGAUCGGCCUCGCCAUCUCCCUGGGUCUCAUGCUGAUCAUCGUGCUUGCCGGUGUCCUCCUUGACCGGCUCCAAAAGAAGCGCGAGGGAUACAUCCCAGCUCCCACCUCAAUGAUUGACCGGUCGAGCGGCAUUCGACGAAUCCCUCCCGAUCAAUUAUUCGAGUCCUUGGGAAGGGAGAGGGCUGGUGUGCCCCAAGUCUGA